AUGGUUGGGCUUCGAUUAUUAGCGCGAUUAAACGAAGUACUCACUCUCGGAAAACGGGCACCACCGGAAGUUCCUUUUGGUGGUAUAAAUGUUAUUCUUCUCGGCGAUUAUAUACAAUAUAUGCCUAUUCUCGACAGACCUCUGUAUACAAAUCUCGAGCGUGGCUCUUCUACUCGUUUACCAACAGAAGCUGAUGUCCAGUAUGGAGUGGGACGCUCAUUAGUUCUACAAAUCAACACAGUCACGAAGUUGACGCAGCAAAUGAGAACUGAAGAUCAAAAAUACUUGACUCUGCUCAACAAUAUUCGUUUAGGAGAAACGACACGCGCUGAUUUCGACUAUCUCUGUACACGAAUUAUCGGCCGUGGACAAAUUGUUCAGUCACUGAAAGAUAAACCCUGGUGUGAUGCACCUAUUCUCGUCUUUCGUAAUCAGCUACGAACCGAAAUAAACAAUCGAGCCGCCCUCGACAGAGCAAAAGAAGCCGGUGUCGCACUAGUUGUCGUCGUAGCAAAUGAUAAAAUUCGUUCAAAAAGUUUACAAGAUGAUGCGAUAUACGAACGUCUCCUCCAUCUACCUGACAACAAGACCGAGCUUCUUCCCGGUCUCCUACCUUUAGUACCAAACAUGCCUGUGCUUCUUACAGAUAACAUCGCCUGUGAACUAGGGCUCUCGAACGGCACUCAAGGAAUUUUUCGAGAGCUCAUAUACGAUGGCCAGGAAAAUCUGGAUGGUUUGAUGGUGAAGAGCGACGUAUUUCCCUCAGAUACGAUCUACAUACGAAAACCCUUAUACGCGCUUGUAGAAAUUAAUACAUCACAAUUAGAAACAACUCUCGAUGGUCUCCGUCCUAAACUAAUCCCUAUUCCACUGAUCAAAAAACAAUUUACUGUUCCUACCAAACAACUCUUCGGUAGACUAUUCGAAAGUGCACAAAGUGGAAAAAUAGUUCCACAAGUGAUUCAAGUUACAAGAACGCAAUUGCCGAUUGUACCUGCCUUCGCAAUAACUACUUAUAAGGCCCAAGGACUCACUAUGAACAAAAUCGUGGUCGAUCUUCGAGUUCCGCUUAGAACAUUACAAGUGGCAUCAGUAUAUGUGCCACUCAGUAGAGUAAAGAAAGCGGAAGAUGUAGUUAUUCUUCGACCUUUCGACAUGAAGGCUCUACAAGUUCGACCCUCUCCUACUCAAGAUGCUGAAUUGAAACGUCUAGAUGAGCUUGACAGAAAGACAAGACGAGAAUAUACUUCUUUCACUUUUUGA